AAGGAGGACGUAUGAAUGACCCGCUCGCCGGGAUCGAGCCCGGGAGAUCCCGGGGGCGGGCCGUGUGCUCUCCGCGCGGGGUCGGGGGUGGGCCGCCCGUGGAUACCGGCGCUCCGGAUCCCGCGCUGUCGAAGACCGACAGGGACCUCUCAGCGGCAGGUGGGGACGUGAGAUCACGGACGCGAGCGAAUUUGGAUUGCCAGUCGUCCUGGGUCAGAGAAAAAGUGCUCUUUCUUCUGAACCCCGAGAGGUGGUUGGGAACACAAGCGGACCCUGCUUGCGCAGAGCUGGUGGAGAGCGAGGACUUCCGUCCGAGGAUUGAAGACCACCGCGAUUCGGAACGGGAACCGAAGCUUUCCCGCAGGCGCAUUGCCACGGUCCCCGGAGCCCAGCCUCGGAACCCAGCGGCCGCCCCCAGGUCCCUGUUGGUGCGGGUCGUGGAUUACCAUGAGACGCAGGAGGUGCAGCGGACUGAGUGGACCAAGGGUCAGAUGACUACGAGGACCAAGGAGCGCUCUGUAACCGCAGUCACUUUUCGUACCCAGAGUGAUUGACAUCGUUUGUGCGGCACUGGGGCGAGAGCAGAACCUGGAUGUACCCGCUUUGCUACGGGAGGAUAAUUCGUCGCCAAAGAUCCGAACCCGGGGAAAUGUUCCCGGGCUAGGGAUGCGCGGAAACGCUCGAAGAACCAACUCUCAGCAGUUUUAGACUUCCUCUGUGGCGUCAGUGUCUGACAGUCCUUUAAGAGAAUAAAAGGUGAAGAACAAGAACACUUUCCAUUUCACAAGAGUCUUUGGAAGAGCAUCCGAACUUGUCCUCAGUACCAAGGAUUGUCUCAGGAUGACCAGGUCUCGGCAUCUCUCAGGAUGACUAGGUCGUGGCUCUUUGACUUAACCUCUACCUCACAGAAAACUGAGUUCAUCUGAAAUUGUCUUUGUUGGAUAAACUGCACCAAAGACUCCCAGAGGCCCAUCUGAACACAAUAGACUGCGACAAAUGUCAGAGUAACAUAGCUGCCAUGAUCAGGCCAGUGCCUACCUCUGAUUUUUUUUUAAAAUUAAUAUAUAUUUUUAUUUUGAGACAGUGUCUAGCUGUGUAUCCCAGGCUUACGUUGGACUUGAUAACCAGCCUGUGAUGAUUGAACUGGAGAUCUUCCUCAGCCUCCCACAUAAUGGGAUGACAGUGUGUUCCAGAUUCUUGGACUACCGUCUCUCU